AUGGCCCCGUCACAGCUGUCGCAGCUUAAGGCUGCGCUCAACACAGCUGGUCUGAACCGCAAAUCGGCCUCCAAAAAGGAUCGCAAGGGGAAAAAGGGGAGGUCGCAAGAUGUUGACCGCGCGAAGAAGGCUGCCAAGCUCGACGAGAUCCGCGCCAAGUUCAACUCGUUUGACGAGCGCGAGACCAAGACCAAGCACGAUGUUGGGGGUCGCAAGUUGAAGGGCGUCACUGGUCGCCCUGCGGCGGCUCGCCAGGCCGGUCUCGAGCAGCGUCGCAAGACCCUCCUUGAGGAGCACCACCUCCGCGACCACACGGGAACGUUCCGUGAUCGUCGUUUUGGUGAAAAUGACGCUACAAUGUCGCUCGAAGACCGUAUGCUCGAGCGUUACACCCGUGAACGGCAGAAGGGCCAGGGCAAGAAAGGCGCCUUCAACCUCGAUGACGAUGACGCGUUUGGCGACGACGACGAGGACGGCUUUGCUCUUGGCGGUCUUACGCACGGCGGUCGCAGUGUCAUGGAUCUCCCCGGCGACGACUUUGACGCUCAAGGCCUGGGAGAGGACGACGAGGAGGACCGUGGUUUGAUCGGUCGCCGCCAGGUUCACCGCGAGCACUUUGGAGGCUUUGCCAACGACGAGGACGAGGACGAGGACGAGCCCGAGCGCAAGAAGACCAAGCAGGAAAUUUACGACGAGAUUAUUGCCAAGAGCAAGGAGCACAAGGCAAUUCCUGUUCGCCCUAAGGUGCAACUUCCCGGCCCCUCAAGAACAGCGGUCCCUCUCCCAGGCCAGAAUGACGACAAAGACUAUGACCAGUUUGUUCGUGCUCUGGCAUACGAAGCCCGCGCCAAGCCCAAGGACCGCACCAAAACGGAAGAGGAGAUCGCCGCCGAUGAGAAGGAGCGCCUUGAGGAAGCCGAGGCUAAGCGCCUGCGUCGCAUGCGUGGUGAGGACUCGGAGGAUGAGGAAGAUGGCGGACGGAAGAAACGCAAGGCGGAUCGCGCCCCUGACGCCGACGACCUCGACGACGACUUUGCUGGCGAUGUGGACGAGGAUGGAGGCAUCUCCCUUCUUGGUCCUGGUCUUACCCGCGAGGCAAUUGAGACCAUGGACGUUGACGAGAGUGACGAUGAGGACGAGGACGACGAUGAUGGCGAUGAGGAGGACGGGGACAGCGAGGAUGACGACAGCGAUGAGGACGAUGAGGACGAUGAGAUGUCGGCCAUGGAAGACCUCGACUCUGACGUCGAGGGCAAUGACGACGAGGAGCCUGUCGCCCGCCUUGUCAAGGGCAAGGCCAGGGCCAAGUCGUCCAAGGCCAAGGCUGCCACCAAGGAGAUUCCUUACACUUUCACCUGCCCGGCAACGGUCGAGGAGUUUGAGGACCUUCUCGAGGGCCUCGACGACAAGGCUCUUCCCACUGUUGUUCAGCGUAUUCGCGCACUGCACCACCCGAGUCUCGCCCAGGGCAACAAGGAGAAGCUUCAAGAGUUCCUCGGUGUUCUGCUCGACUACAUUCUCAUCUUGGCGUCCCAGGACACACCGGACUUUGGCAUCAUUUCCGCUCUGGGCCCUCACCUCGUGGCUCUUGUCAAGCUCAACCCUUUGACCGCAGCCUCACACUAUGUCGCCAAGCUCUCCUUGAUGCAGAAAAACCUUCAACGCGGAAUCGCUCACGGGCCAAGCAACCCCGACUCGAAGACGCUUCCUGGCGCCCCAGAACUUGUCAUUCUUCGCCUCGUCGGCGCGACCUGGUCGACUAGUGACUUUUCGCACCCAGUUGUUCAGCCUGCAGUGCUGCUUAUCGGCCAGUACCUGUCACAGAGUCGUAUCCGUGGUAUUUCCGACAUUGCGUCGGGCCUCUUCCUGUGCUCCAUCAUUGCCCAGUAUGAGUCAAUGUCGAAGCGCCUGGUCCCCGAGGCCGUCAACUUUAUUGCAACGUCGGUCCUCUCGCUGGUCAAGCGCCGCAAGGACGCCGCACCUGUCACUGCGUAUCCCGACGUUAUCAGCUGUGAUAUCCAAAUGACAACGAGCGUCUCCCCUCAGCAGCCUGCCGACCUCGUCUCUGCGUUGAACGAAUCGGACGAAGAGCAGAACAAGGCGGACCUGUUGGCCGCUGCUCUUCAGCUCAUCUCAUCGUUUGCCACUUUAUACGCAUCGACCGCGGCGUUCAUUGAGCUCUUCACCCCCAUCUUGGCGGUUCUCGAGGGCUCUCGCUUGGCCAAAUUUGCCCCCGAGCUCAAGAACGUCUUCACUCAAAGCACUUCGAGCCUUUCGCGCCAGCUUGGCUUCGCCCGCGACGCUCGCACCCCCCUCACACUCCAGGACCACAAGCCCAUCCCCAUUGCCUCGUAUGCUCCCAAGUUCGAGGACGACUUUGCUCCCGGCAAGCACUACGACCCCGACGUGGAGCGCAACCAGGCGAACAAGCUUCGCGCCGAGUACAAGAAGGAGCGCAAGGGUGCUAUCCGCGAGCUUCGCAAGGACAACCGUUUCCUUGCUGGCGAGAAGGCGCGCGAGCAGCGUGCCAAGGACGACGAGUACAACUCCAAGAUGCGCAAGGUCAUGGGAUCACUCAAUGUGGAGCGCGCCGAGGAGAAGGAGAUGGAGCGCGAGAAGAAGCGCGAGAAGCGUCGCGCUGGAAGGAGCUAG